AUGUUUCUUUUACUUUCUUUCUUUCAUUCAUUUUCUUUCUUUCUUUCUUUCUUUCUUUCUUUCUUUCUUUCUUUCUAUCCCAAAAAGGGAGUUGAAUUUGGACCAGAUAAACUGAGAGAAUAUGAUCUGAUUAAGAAACUAAAGAGACUAAGCGUCAACGUUAUCGACACAGGGAACCUGAAACUUCCAGACCAAGGAAAAGAAAUAAUAACAAACAACAUUAAAAAUUCAGAAGAUGUCGGCAAUGGGAAUAAAAUUCUUUCAGAUGCCGUUCAUCAGGAACUGAAGAAAGGCCAUAAUGUGUUGGUACUGGGUGGUGAUCACUCCCUCGGGAUUGGCUCCGUCCAUGGAAAUAUUCUGGGCACAGACGAACCGCCCAUCGUUUUAUGGAUUGAUGCUCACAGCGAUAUCAACACGUCAUUAACAUCGCCAUCUGGAAAUGCUCAUGGUAUGCCCGUUUCGUUUUUCCUGGAAGAGACAAGAUCAACCAUCCCCAAAACAAGUGAAUUUAGUUGGAUCUCUGCUUCGUUGAAAGGAAAAGACGUUGUCUUCAUUGGACUCCGUGAUAUUGACAGCGGUGAAGUGGAAAUUCUUCAAAAAUAUGGCAUCAAGUAUUUCUCCAUGCAAGAGGUUGAUGCCUAUGGAAUAAAAGAUGUUCUUCAACUGGCUUUAGAUAUGGCUGAUCCGACCGGGACUCGACCAAUCCAUGUGAGUUUCGACAUUGACUCAAUGGAUCCCAUGUUCACACCUAGUACAGGUACCCCAGUCUUUUCGUAUGUAUGUAUGUAUCUAUCUAUCUAUCUAUCUAUCUAUCUCAGUGUAUAUUCAUCUAUCUAUCUAUCUAUCUAUCUAUCUAUCUAUCUAUCUCAGUAUUCAUAUUGUAUUCAUAUCUAUCUAUCCCAUAUCUAUCUAUCUAUCUAUCUAUCUAUCUCUCAGUGUAUUCAUAUCUAUCUAUCUAUCUAUCUAUCUAUCUCAGUGUAUUCAUAUCUAUCUAUCUAUCUAUCUCAGUGUAUUCAUAUCUAUCUAUCUAUGCUAAUAUCUAAAUCUAUUCAUAUCUAUCUAUCUAUGCUAAUAUCUAAACCUAUUCAUAUCUAUCUAUCUAUGCUAAUAUCUAAAUCUAUUCAUUAUCUAUCUAUCUAUGCUAAUAUCUAA